UGUCGAUUGUCGUCACGGCACGCGGGCACGGGCGCCAUUUUCAUUGUUCGUUUUCCACAUUCCCCGCGGCAGACUGUACGAUCGUUGUACGUUGUUGCUCUUUCUCAUUUCAAUUUGUCAAUGGACAGUAUUUAGGAAUUACUUAUUCAAUUGAAAAAUGUCGCAGCCACAGGCACCUGCUGGAAGAGGGCGGGCACGGGCCACUGCCCGGGGCAAGCCACCUCCACAAACGCAAGGCAGAGGAACGGAGCCAAGGCGACCUGGACCACCUGCUAGCGGUCCUGGUCCAAGUUCAGCCCCGCCUCAGCCCACAGUAGCUGGUCGAGCUGGCGCUAGAACUGUCGAAAAAGAUGCUGCACAAGGCAUCACAAGUGGCAUGGGCCAACUAAGUGUUGGUUCUGCAACCAGCGGCUCAACAACAGGUAAUGGCAAUGGCGGCAACCCGAUUGGUCGUGGUGCUAUGCGAGGGCGUCGCCAAAUAGACUCAAGCUACGUCCCUGCUGAGCUUCUACAAACAAGAAACAAGACUUUGGCAACAAAACAAGGUUCACAAGGUACGCCGGUAGCUUUAUGUGCAAACUACUUCCCUUUGAAAACAGUCACCAAUUGGUGUCUUUAUCACUAUAAUGUUAGCUUCAACCCUAGUGAUGAAGACCGUGUAUUUAUCAAGAAGCAGCUGAUAAGGGACAAGCUACGAGAGCUCACUCAAGGAAGUGGUUUCCUAUUUGAUGGAAAUAGUCUGUUUCUGAGUGUCAAACUUCCCCAAGAUAAUAUCGAAUUCAUUGCCAAGCGUCACUAUGAUGAUCAACAGUUCCAGGUUACAAUUCAGUUUACCAAUGAUCUUCAACCCUCGGACCCGCACUAUCUUCAGGUCUUUGGUGUACUUGUCCGCAAGUGCCUUGGAGCUUUGAACCUCCAGUUAAUCGGAAGAAACUAUUUUGACAAAGAAGCGCGGCAAGACAUCCCGCGAUUCAAUUUGUCUCUGUGGCCAGGGUACAUUAACUCGAUCAGACAACAUGAGCGUUCAAUCCUCAUGUGCGCUGAAAUAACCACUAAAGUUAUGAGGAAGGAUACUGCAUUGGAGCUUGCACGAGCGUGCUACCAAAGUUCCAAGGAUGCCCAGGCGUUCCAAGACACGUUCAAGAAAACUAUUAUUGGUACGUCAGUCAUGACCAAAUACAAUGACAGAAAUUACCGGGUUGAUGAUGUGGACUUCAAAGUAAACCCCAUGUCUGAAUUUGAUACGAAGGAUGGAGGCAAAAUGAAAUAUGUUGAUUAUUAUCAAAACAAAUAUAAUGUUAAAAUAACUGAUCUCAGACAGCCACUCCUUAUAUCCAAAAGUAAGGCCAAAGAAAUCCGCUCGGGACAAAAAGAAUUCGUUUACCUCGUACCUGAGCUCUGCCAGAUGACAGGACUGACCGAUGAAAUGGUCAGCAAUAUUCAGCUCAUGCGAGCUGUAGCAGAUAUUACUAGAGUUGGACCCGGUGAGCGAAUCAACCGUCUUCUCAAGUUGAAUGAGAGAUUCCGCAAAGUGCCUCAGGUCAUGGCUGAUUUGAAGCAAUGGAACAUGUCGCUUGACACAGAUCUCGUCCAGUUUAAAGGCCGCAUCCUACCUCCAUUUACUAUAAAGGCAGGCAAUAACAUAACCUACCCUGUUGGCAGAGAUACUGACUGGACGAGGGAAUUGCGUUCCAAUGCGCAGUUUUUCUCUAAAGAUAUACAAAAUUGGGUUGUGAUAGUUCCAGAGCGCAAUAUGCAGAAUGCCCAAGGUUUUGUUGGCAUGAUCAUCAAGGCGGCGAGCGGUAUGAAGAUUCACUUUGCGCAUCCUAGAUUCGUGCCAAUCCCUGGUGUUAGAAUCUCUGACUACAUAUCGGCAAUCGAUAAAGUCCUAGGCGAUGGGUUACCCGAAUUGCUAAUGACAUUCUUACCCAACAACAGAGCCGAUACAUAUGCGGCAAUCAAGAAGAAGUGUUACAUAGACAGAAGCGUGGCCAACCAGGUCAUCCUGGACAAAACUACUCAAAACAAAGGAGCACUCUCUAUCGCAACGAAAGUAGCAAUUCAAAUGAAUUGUAAAAUGGGCGGUGCGCCAUGGGCCGUACCAGUGCCCCUCAAGAAUUUAAUGGUCGUUGGCUUUGACGUAAACCACGAUACCAACCAGAAAGAGCGAUCUUUCGGUGCCCUUGUAGCCUCCCUGAACAAUUCGUUCUCCAGGUAUUUUAGCGCUGUAUCAGCGCACAAAGAUGGCAGCGAAUUGUCAAGAGAUUUCGCUUUCAAUUUGUCCCUCGCUCUGCGUGAAUACAAAAUACAUAACAAUUGUUUGCCGGAGCGUAUUGUCAUUUACCGAGACGGUGUCGGUGAAGGGCAGAUUCCAUAUGUGAAGGAUACAGAGAUAAAAGCAGUAAAACAUAUGCUGCCGGAAGUUUACAGUGGGUCUCCACUGCCAAAACUAGUUGUCGUCGUCGUCACAAAGAGAAUCAACACAAGAAUCUUCACUGCCAAACGUGAAAACCCAGUUCCGGGAACUGUCGUUGAUGACGUCAUCACGUUCCCCCAUAAAUAUGAUUUUUUCCUUGUGUCUCAGACGGUGAGACAAGGAACUGUCAGUCCUACGUCAUACAAUGUCAUUCAUGAUGAGUGCGAUUUCGCACCAGACCACCUCCAGCGUUUGACGUAUGCCUUAACGCAUGUGUACUACAAUUGGAGUGGUACAGUUCGAGUACCUGCGCCGUGCCAGUAUGCGCAUAAGCUGGCGUACUUAGUUGGAACCCUUCUCCACCAGGCGCCGAGUGAUGGUAUGAAGAAUCUGCUUUACUUCUUGUAAGAAAUAGCGGAGUUUCUCUUCUUUCGCUCUUUGUAAUGGUAUGUUUUAAUACCAUGGUAUGUGUGAAUACAAUUUCUUUUCAUUUUUUUAAUCCCCCCCCCCCUCCGAAAGAAUUUCUCCCAAUACUUAUCUGUCAAGCUCAACUGGAUACUAUCAUGUAAGUCUCGAAAAUUCGCAAAAUCUUACACACGAUUUUAUAUUUACGAUGCACUCAAAGCUUUACUGACAGACACACCUACAGGAUGUUCAUUUCUUUGACAGCAAAGUUGGAUUACCCAUGCGCCUGGGGAAGACUUACUUCGGAGUUGUUUCAAAUUACCUUGGAUAGUACCUAAUCAGGGAACAUUUAUUUUGAAGAACAUCUUUCGUUACAUACCCUAGGCGCUGGUAUCAUUUAAUUUUUUUCCAUUUCAAUUAGGCUUAAGUUUAUAUUUUGUUUCAAAUUACAGACUAUUCUUUUUGUUAAUUCAACAUUGUAAAAUUUUUAAAUUUGAUAUUGCUUUUAUACUUGUUGUUUCAAUUUUCGGACGAUCCUUUUGUUUGAUAAAUUUUGCAGAACUUAAAAAUUUGACAUUACCUAGAUAGUCAACAGUGAACUGACCUUUCUUUAUUAUUGCCACCUGAUCUGCAGUUUGCCAAAACCCAUGUUUAGUUGCUAACAGUUUAAAUGAAUAGAUAAUAUAAAGGCUCGAAAAUUUGCUGAGACCAUUUUAGAACGACUCCAAUUCAAGUCAGACAGAUCAAGCCAGGCAAAUCUUAUGAAUUUGCAAGGUUGGCCUUCACAUUUAACUGUUAACCUCUGCCAAAUCAUUCACCAAUCGCGCCAAACCAGUGGUCACCCUCAUGACCACCAAUUAUUUGUUGGAUCAUGAUGCCCGUUUAAUUUGGGCUACAUUUUGGCUGAUCCUCUUAUGUGAUCUAUCCCAAAAGGUUCAUGAAUGUUAACGUAAGUAAAAUGAAUUUUCAAGGUGUAAAUUGACGAAAAAAAAGUGCCUUAAAUGCAAGAGCCUUUUAGUAGUAGAUAUCUGGUUUGUAUGAUCUUUUCUAUCGCAGAGGUCCUGAGCCGUUUUUCCGGACCUUACUGAAUAAGAUUAAUUUGCUGCAAAAUAAAUUAAAGCUGUGAGACAAAACGAACAGCUUCCUCAAAUCAUGGAAUCUCCGCCAGAAAUAAAAGCCUGAUCUAGUGCCUUUAUCUUCAGCUCUGCUGUUAAAAUUUCUACAGAUCUGCCUCGGACAGCUACAGAUAUUAGGGUGAAGAAACCAUGGUCAUUGGUGAGCAAACUUCCCAGGUCAGUUAGGCUAGCAAAUCCUCCUUAUUUUCUCAGGUGUUCUAGAUUUUCAAGUUUAUUCUUGAAGUAGAGUUUUUUCUUCAAAGAAUUUCUUACUGUUUUCUGUCAAAAUUUCUAGAAGAUUGAUUUUGUCAUAGUUUUUCUCACUCAUGAAAUUAUUUUUUUCUACUAUAUAAAUUAUUUUGUACAGAUUGUUUAAUUUUGUACGGUUAGUGGUCUUCGAUCAUUUAGGGUGAUCAGGAGUCACUUUUCUCAUGUACAGAUUCUUGUUUUGGAAGACUUGCUCUCCUAGAUGUAUUUUUAUAUUUUAGUUUUUUUACAAUUAUAAAUUUUCCUUUUUUA